AUGUCGGAGUCUAAUGAUUCACAUUUGAAAAAUGUUUCAAGUAAACAUCACGAACGACUCAAGCGAUUAAAAAAUCUUCACAUUCAAAGGAAUGAAGCCAGACAAUUAAAUCAUUUGGAGGUUAUACAAGAAGAUAAAAGAAAUAAAUUACCAAGCAAUUGGGAAGCAAGAAAAGAGAGAGCUCAAUGGCUAUUAGAAAAUGAAGCAGCUAAAGAAGAAGCCCAAAAAAAGGGAGAAGAUUAUGAAAGAAAAAGACUUUUAAGCAUUCCAGCAAAUAUUUGCGAAAAAAUAGAAAAAAAAAAAAAGAAAAAAAAUCCAGAUGAAGGAUUUUCUGACUUCGAACAGGCUGCCAUAAGAAAGUACAACAGACUUAUAAAGAAUCACAAAGUGGAUUUAGAAGCAUAUAAUGAACAAAAAGAAAAACUUGGAGCAGCAAUGUAUAGUGGUCCAAAUCCAAUUUUGCUAGGAAUUACAAAAGAUUCUGAAAGUGCUAUAAAUUAUAUGGCAGAAGAUCUCGAGAAGCAGAUAGCCAAACGUGAUAAGUAUAGUAGAAGAAGGAUGCACAAUGAUGAUGCAGAUAUUGACUAUAUUAAUGAAAGAAAUAUGAAAUUUAACAAAAAACUUGAAAGGUUUUAUGGUGAACAUACAACUGAAAUAAAACAAAAUCUUGAAAGAGGAACAGCAGUGUAA